GCCAUCCAAUCACAGCCUGAAUGCGCCGGCAGCAGCUGGUGCCGCGAGGACUACAUCUCCCGGCGGCCCCGGCAGCCGCGCCGACUAAUCAGGAGCGCCGAUGGCUGAUGGGCGGGCCGCGGCUGCACCAAUCGCCGCGCUCGCUGCUGGAGAGGCCCAGGCGCUCGGGCCGGGAGCGGAGAAACCGGCGAGCCCUGCGGGACGUGUGGAGCCCAGCGGGGGGCCCGGCCCUGGACAUGCCUGUCCGCACCGAGGCCAGCAGCACGGCCUCCGGCUCCUCGUCCCUCAUUCCGCCACCUCCAAUCAACACCCAGCAGCCAGGGGUCGCCACCACCCUGCUGUACAGCGGCUCCAAGUUCCGGGGCCACCAGAAGAGCAAAGGCAACUCGUACGAUGUGGAGGUGGUGCUGCAGCACGUGGACAUGGAGAAUGCCUAUCUGUGUGGAUACUUGAAGAUAAAAGGCCUUACUGAGGAAUACCCGACCCUCACCACCUUCUUUGAAGGGGAAAUAAUUAGUAGAAAACACCCUUUCCUAACGAGAAAGUGGGACGCGGAUGAGGAUGUUGAUCGCAAGCACUGGGGAAAGUUCCAGGCUUUCUAUCAGUAUGCAAAAACAUUUAAUUCUGAUGACUUUGUCUUCGAUGAACUGAAAGUUGGAGACUACGUCUUCAUGAGAUGGAAGGAGCAGUUCUUGGUGCCCGAUCAUACAAUCAAAGACAUCAGUGGAGCUUCCUUUGCCGGCUUCUACUACAUUUGCUUCCAGAAGUCAGCAGCAUCGAUAGAGGGUUACUACUACCAUCGGAGCUCGGAGUGGUAUCAGUCUUUAAAUUUGACCCACGUUCCCGAACACAGUGCGCCCAUCUACGAGUUCCGGUGACAGGACUUACGGCGGAGCUGUUGGCACCGGAACCUGCCGUUCUCUUCCGUCAGAGAGACUUUAAGAAGAAUGUAUGAGUGUUAAAGCAAUGACCCAUGAACCAGCGUCCGCUCUGUACACUGUUUUUAUUUCAUUCAGCCGGGUUUUCUUGUUUCUUUUUGGUUUCUAUUUUAUUGUUUUCUGUUUUUUUUCCUGCUUUACAUAAUGCUACACCUUUUUAUUACCAAACGCAAGCCAAGAACUGGAUUCCUUGCUUCUUUGGAUACAUCAGAUGCAUCCUUUGGCCUGAGGUUGGGAAAAGACAUUGUAACUGAACUUGUAGAAUGGCAAACCGAGACCACCUCUAUGAACAGAGCAAAGAAAAGGAUGAGAUUCUUGUAUGUUGGCUGCUCAGAUCGAUCCAUCCCUAGUUAGGCAUGUUCCGUGGUUUCUGCAGAUCUUAGACGGGUAACACACUCCCAUCAGCUGGAGAAUCUAUCCCCUCCAUACCCCUUUGUCCCAUAGUCUGAAACCCCUUACCAAGAUUUAGAAUAAGUUAGUUUUGGGGUCCACUUUAACAGGGUCCUAAUGUCAACAGGAAACUUUCCUCCGGACUACAAUACAUUUAUCCGUUUUCACAUUGAAAAUGGCAAAUGUCAGAUUUUUUUUUUAUAUCUAUAAAUAUAUAUAUUAUAAAUACACAUAUAUUUAAUCAAAAUAUAAAUCUAUGGAUGCCUCAUGCAACCAGAGUUGAAGAAGAUGAAGUAUGGUUUGAAAGCCUAUUUAUCCAGGGUAUAUAAAUGCAGUGUGUCCUCCCCCCUUCAGUAUCAUUCAUCUAAUGUAUAUCCUGCUUUUUAAAGUGGGGAUAGAACCCAGGAACGGAACAGUGCCAUCUUGUGGUAGUGUGAUGCAAACAUUUUUCAAUUCUUCCCCCUCCCUGCCCCUCCCCCAGCAAAAAUGGGAGUGCUCACUUACAGGAAAGACUAUUACGCAAGUGACUUAUUGCGAUGAGCUACAUUUGAACGGUCAUAUGUGUGACGUUUAAUGAAUUAAAGUGCGGCAGGCUUUUACAGCUUUUCAAGACUACAGCCAUUUUCCUGCAGCCCUGAUUCUCCACAAACUCUUUAAAAAAUACAUUUAUUUUCCUUUCAAAGAUGCAAAUGCCAAAAUUCUGUGUGGGGAAUGUGUCACAGAACUGCUCUCACCCGUAACGUUUGCCGCAAUGAUUUGUGAUGCAUUGCUAGCCGGUUGCUUGGAUAUUUCAUUGUACCUGCAAAAAAACAAAGCAAACAUGAAAUGAAUAGGAAAUGUGACUUUUUCAUACUGUUUCUUGGAGUCACAUCCCAGUUCCUUAUCCUUUGGACAGUAAUGACUUUACACACUAUGGUGGGGGAGAGGGGGGGAGGUACAGACUAAACCCACAUGCCACUAUGUGCUAAGGUACCCUGCAAUGCAUUGUGUUUCCGUGGAAUUUGGACUUCAGUAACUCCUUGGCUUUUAUUUUACCUGUUUGUUUCCCACUUUAAUGAUUGCAUCCAAUAUGAUCUCUCUUGCGAAAGAUACUAACCUCAAUGAGCUUUUAUUAUUACACUCCGUAAGGACUGCUCUCUAACCUUAAACCACAUGGGGUCUUUACAGAUUUGUGGCGUCUUUUAUCUGUGAUUGAGAAUGUGUUGUAGUGGCCAUGCAUGGCCAUUCUGUCUGCCAGUUUGGUAGCUAUUUACUCAUUUGACCCUAGAACAGCCGCAUGUGCUGUCGACACAAGUGGGUUGUCUGUAGAGAAAGCCUAUUGGAUCAGACCUGUUUCUAAAUUGUUCCGGCUGUUGAUCACAUUGGGGGGGAAUUCAGUUAACCUUGGGGUUUUCCCCGCAGCUAAUUUAUCAUGCUGUGCUAUGAAUAGCUAUUCAAUUAAUUAGACUUUUACCUGUGUGGUAAAACAUCUGGAAACGCACUGAUUCUGCUUAAACUGUGGAAUGCAAUGGGAUUUUCCUCUUGUUAAAUGCAGAUUUGAGCUGCGAGGAAAAAUCCUGCCUCCCAGGGGUUAGCAUGUGCGGAGUUCCCGCAGCUAAUUGAAUCAGGCAGUGAAAUUAAUUAGCUGCGGGGUAAACCCAGAGGCUAAUUGAAUUUACCCUAUAUGUGCCUGGCAGUCUCAUCUGACCCAGUUGCCUGAUUGCCCUCAGCAGCCUUAUCCGUCUGUGCGGCCAGCAUUACGAUGAAAGGGGCUACUCCACUUUCAUUAAAAUCUUAGGGCGGGAUGUAAGGGUGUCAGAGAUCGCCGAAGGGGCGGGAUUCUGGACGAUCUUGCACAUUUUUUUUUAAAGAGGCAAUCACUUACAAGGCAUUGUUUAAAAAACAACAAAACGCCCCUCUAAAAAAAAAAAAGAGUCCAAAUUCGUCCGGCAUCUCGCGCCUUCGGCGAUCAUUUUACUUUCACUAUUCGUCUAACUUCCAGCAUCUGACAUAUGCUUUUCUUUUCACGCACAUUAAAAAAGAAACUCUGUUUUUAAGAAUAUAUAAGUUCCUACAUGAAAUGUCUUGUAUUUUAAUGGAAUAUAAAUUUAGAUUUUACUAAAAGUGGAUUUAGCAUUUGCACAUAAAAUCAAGUUGCUUCGCAUUUAGAGAAAACCAACAAAAGUAUUGGUAACAAUCACAGUUCUAUUGAUGUGUAUUUCAGGACCCUGUUAACUAAGUGGGUUAUGGCCUUAAGCAAUCGGGAUGUGACGUGCACAGGUGGGCUUUAAUGAACAACGCACAAUGUAGGGUGCUGGGGUUGGCUAUCUUGGUUGUUUCGCUUGGAUUGUCCAGGAGAAGUGAACUUUGGUUUAGUCCUGUAGUUUGACACUUUAACAUUUUAGUUUGACGCACCUUUGAAUGUGUAUAAUUGUAAUCCUAUUUCUCCUUCAUCCACAAGGGGACACUGGAGCAAAUAGACAAUGGGGUAUAGAUGAGUGGAUAAUUGGAGCCUGGCACUUUAAAUUUUUUUCAGGAAGUGUGUCCUAUAUUACAGGAUUUUUUACUUGCUAUAGGCUGCUAUGUCCAGGUGCAUACCUCCCAACGUGACCCUCUCCAGGAGGGACACAAUGCUCUGCUUCUGGACUUUUUUCUUAAGUUAUGAUUGCUGUCACCUGUGCUGAACAGGUUAAUGGAAAAGAAAGGUGUUUCAGGGCAGGUGCCUGCAAUCAUAAAUUAAGAGGGAAGUCCAGGAGCAGAGCAUUCUGUCCCUCUCGGAGAGGGUCAUGUUGGGAGGUAUGCAGGUGCAAGGGAGUAUGAUUGAUGGUCACCAUUGCUGUAGGACAGUGGAAGGCAAUUAAAGAAGAACCAUCUACUGCAGGUUUAGAUACACAUUAGAGCCUGAGAAUCAAUGCAUUGAAUUGGGUAUCCUGAAAAUCGAAUGGCCGUAUACAGAACACUUCCACAAUCCUUUAGAAAAUUGCAAGCUUGCCGUAGCCCGCGCACAGCCCUGCCUGUGUAACAGCGGCUUUUAAUGAGUUAUGUUAAAAGAGGCCGGUGGCUAAGCAAUCCUAUACAAGAGAUACGUUAAUUUAGUUUGUCGCCAAGAAGUAUGCAAUGCAGCAUGUUUUCUGCAAGCACACAGUAAUACUCAGUAUUGCUUCAUACUUACACCUGAGGAGAAGUGUUGGGGGGCUUUUCAUUUAUAUUUAACGCUGCAAUCCAAAAGGUCAGGCACCCAGUGUUUGCACUUGCUUAUAACAGGAAUUUGCUGUCGCUGUUGCUAGGCUUAUUGGAGGUAAGAAGAAAAAAAUUUGACAAACACAUACCACCGUUUCGCUGCCAAAUGAGCCAUUCUUUGGUAAACCGUUCUGCUGUAGUUUAUAGCCAAGCCAGCUGCACCACAAUAGCAGUGUAGCGGUGGAAGCAAUUUGUAGGGUGUCACUGGGAGUUCAAAAUGUUGGGUUAGGCAAACAGUCCUAAUAAAAAGUCACUUCAAACUGCA